AUGGUUAUACAAAAGAAUACUAACGAAAUCGACACAAACAAAAAUGUCGUUACCUUAGAUGCAGCAAGUACUAGUACAUGGAGUCUUCAAACACCAGCUAAAAUAAUAAAUAUUCGUAGCACAUCAAAUAUGCAGGCUAAACCACCUAUAACACGGCAAAUAGCUAUAAGUACAUUGGCUGCUAUGCACAGACGGUUUAGUCUACCUGGGCCAGUUCAACCCCAUUCGAGACCCAUAGCUGAGUUUAGAGCUAGUGCAAACAAAUCCCUGGAUAUGCUACGACAAACUGUACAGUCAGCGGUUACAAGAGAAAUUGAUCAAGUUAUUAAAAAAUAUUUGGAAAAGUUCUUUGUGCCAGCCGUUAACAACAUUAGAUUAAACUUAGGCGAUGAGUCUGUGAGUGAAGAUCAGGUGAGAGCUGUUUGUCGAGCAAUGUUAGAUGCCACAAGACUCUUAUAUUCCACACCUCCUCGGGCCACUAAUACUGGUUUAGAUACCAUAGAUGGAGACACAGACAAAUUGACAAAACAAACAAUACCAAAUCCUUUAACAAAUAAAAGGAAAGAGCCAGAUUUGGAUUCAGAUUUGUCUCAAGUCAAGAAGAUUAAACAAGAGGACAGUUCUGAUAGUGGUUCUGCAUCACCAGUUCCAUUUCCCACUGUCCGAGAUCCCGAAAAAUGGAAUCCAGCUCGUCUUACUCAAGAUACACUAUUCAUUAUGGGCUCCCAUGCUCAUAAGGUGUUAGGACUGGGUAAUUCACGUGGUCGUCUCUACACCCGUCAUGCUGGUUUGUUAAGAUAUCCAGCUGAUAGUGCUGAUAAAGAAUGGAUCGCAAGCCACAACCUUGCUAAUGCUGUAGGCGGCAAGACCUACAUUAUGGUCUUAGAAGAUAUUGAAGAAUUAGCAGCUAGUGAUGCCUAUAAACACAGCUCUCUACCUCUUCUUGGCGAAUUGACGGGAUUUAAAGUCCCACCAUUCUUAUUGAGAAAAAUUAAGGCAUAUGUUUUGAAGAAGGCUCUUUGCGGAGAUAUUAGUAAUGCCAAUAGCCCCCAACCUUCCACAAGCAACCAGGAAGACAAGUUCAAAAUAGAAGACAUCAAAUUAGAAGUUCAUGAUGAUUUCGACUCAGCUAACUUCAAUGCAAGCCAGUAUAUAACAAACUCUGAAAAUUCAAGAGACUUUGGAGAAUCCAUAAUGAAAGAGGAUUCAGAUUUUGCAGAUAUAAAGGUAGAGGAUAUUGAUGAUAUUAAAGUGGAUGGAAUUAAAAUGGAAGAUCUGGAUGAAAUAAAAGUGGAUGGUAUAAAAGUUGAGGAUCUAGAAGCAAAUGGUAUUAAGGUUGAAAAUAUUGAUGAUAUAAAUGUGGAUGGUAUCAAAGUGGAAGAUAUAAAACUCGAGAAUGAGGAUGCUUUUGAUCUGUGUAAGGAAACAGAUGAUGAAAAUCAUCUCGUCGAUGGUUUGUUUGAAUCGGACAUUGAAUUUCUGAGUCGUAAUUUGUGUAACAUCGAAAGUGAUGCAGAUGCAAGAAAAACUAUUGAAAAAUUGACUGGAGCAAACCCCGACACUAUAACAUUAGUUGGAGAUGAGUUUGAUUUGGGCACAACUUUAAAUACAAGCAAUUUUUCAGGCAGCCAGUCCAAGUGUAUAACAGUGGCGUCUACAACCAGCGGUAUGAUACAUAGUGUUCCCGUCGCUCACAUCGCCCCGCCACGUAUAACUGGCAACACAUUACAUUACUACAGUCAGCCAGCGCGGCUACAUUUACCACAAGCAACCCUCACUAUACAGGGUGUACCGCGACCAUCACAUAUGAUUCGAGGAAUUCCAUUUAAUGCCAAAUCGGGCACUAUCAGCACGGUGAUGUCUCAAGGUACAGCCAGCAUCUUAGGUAUUGGUACGAGGUCUUCAAACGCAACAAUAAUCGGGACCCCUCAGUAUGUCAAUGUUUGUUCCAAAUCCUUUCCCACAGGAAACAUUCUACACAACGCCAUAGUCUCCAAAAACAUUGUAAACCGUAAUACAGCUACAUCAGGUGUGUCUUUUAAUGUGACAUCAGUUAGACCGUCAGUACAUACAAGUUCGCCCAAAAGUACUGUAGUAACAGUUGCUUCAGACUUCGAUAGUAUCUCCACAACCAAAGAUAUGAUUGAUAAUGCAUGUAACUCAUCAGUUAUGCUAAAAAAAGUGCUAACCCUAGGCAGUUCUGGGUCCAGCAAAUCUUUUGUGAUGCAUAAUACACAAAAAGUUCUAUCCACUGGUUUCGCUAAUGGAAUAACUCCCCCACCUAAUGUAACGAUCGUAAGUGCAGGUAAUAGUGGAAUUUUGAAUACUGGCAACCAUAAUAACAUUGGCUGCCCAACUUCUGGCAAUUUGAGUGCCACUCAUGCCACACUGUCCGCUUUACUUUCUUCUAAAACUGAAUGUUCUACAGUAACAAAAAACUAA